UGUUGACGUGACAAAUUGGAGAGGAUUUUGAUAUCAAAUUGUCAAAAUCCUGUGUUAUUUAGACUAAAACGACACCGCUUGAAUGAUGAAGUCUCAAUACGCAGCGUUUUGUCCUGCCCCAGCGGGCAUUCAAAUCUGACUUUCUGACUUCUGAGAAAAGUAAAACAAUUACUCCUGGCUGCCUUGGCGGCUUAAGAUUCUUCCCUCUUCGUCAAGCUUUGGAUAAUUCUCUCUGAUCUCAAAAUGCACUACUAAUAACCAUCUAUCUAAAUAGCAUAAACUAGAUUUUGAGUUAGGGUUUUCUAUAACCAUGGAUUUUCAGAACAAGCGUCUUCAGCUUCUGCUCUCUAUCGCCGGUAUCAUCGUUCUCGGCUUCGCAGCUGAAAAAUGUCGGCAGCUAGUUGGGGAAGAUGCUUCAUCUCAGAGCGGGAAGUUCACGAUCUUGAACUGUUUUGAUAUGGGCUCUGGAUCUGUAGCAUGCGGUGUGAAGGAGGGUGUGAAGCUGUACGUCUACAACAUCCGUGCUGCACAUGUUGAAAAAGCGAGGCAUCUUGCAAUUGAGGCUGCCUUAGUUGAUGCUUUGUCACAGGGGAUGUCUGCUAAAGAAGCAGCCAUUCAAGCACAGAAAGAAGGUGCAAAGGCUGCAAAGUUGGUAACCCGGCAAGCCAAGCGCAUUAUAGGCCCCAUUAUCUCUUCUGGAUGGGACUUCUUUGAAGCCAUAUACUAUGGCGGUACCAUAACGGAAGGUUUCCUCAGAGGUACUGGAACACUGUUUGGCGCCUAUGCUGGUGGUUUCGUUGGAGAGCAAAGGCUUGGGAAGUUUGGCUACCUUGUGGGAAGUCAUUUGGGCAGUUGGGUUGGAGGUAGAAUAGGACUUAUGGUAUAUGAUGUGGUUAAUGGAGUGCAUUACUUGCUUCAAUUUGUUCAAACUGAGGAAAGUGUAGUUCGCGAAACGCCAGCUUAUGAUAAUUCUGAAGAGGAUUCCUAUGCUGCUUAUGAGGCUCCUUCAUAUGUUAGUUCUGAAGAAUCUGAAAAUUCCAAUGUUUAUGAAACUCCUGUCUAUGAGAGCUCUGAAACACCUGAAGAUUCUGAACUGUGGUGAUUCAUAAGGUUAUUUUUAUGAUUCUUAUCUCUAUAAUCUAUAAUUUAGUUACUCAUUAAAAAUUUAUGUAUAAAUCUAGGUAUAGUUUCUUCAUACAACUCUGUACUCAUGCUUCCUUGAGGUAACCUUAAAAUUCUAUGGGAAGUCAUUUAGUUGAACAUGAUUCUGUAAAUCAUGGAAUUUAUUACCAACUACUGUGUCAGAAUGGGGUUUGUAUUUGUGUGUUUACAUUGGAAAAGAAGAAAAAAAAACAUUUGAGAGUUGGUUUUCCAGUUUGUCAUGGAAUGUGAAAUU